AAUGAUGAAAUUACCGAUUUAUUUUUUGAUAAGCCUGUUAUUACCUUCUGUAAUUUUCUCCGGGCUCAUACCACGAACACCGAAAUUCCGUUCCAUAGAAGACGGACGUGGAAAGCCUUUCUUUGCACUCGAUAUUUUGGGUUUGGCUAAACUUCAUGGUCGGAAAAUAGAGUGGUACAAUGUUACUACAGAGGAUGGGUAUAUUCUCGCUCUGCACAGGAUUCUUCCGAAUUCCUCUUCGGAGGAGGAAAACACCACUCAGAGGCCUGUGGUUUUGCUUCAGCCUGGAUUGAUUGCGACGUCAGAUGUUUUUGUUUUUUUUAAUUCUCCGAGGAGUCUCGGAUAUCAAUUAUCAGAUGCUGGAUAUGACGUAUGGUUGGGUAAUUUCAGAGGAAGUACAUACUGUUUGAACCAUGAAAGGCUGAUGUUUGAUGAGCCUGAAUUUUGGGACUUUAGCAUGGAUGAGUGUGCCCUUAUAGAUAUUCCAGCACAGAUUGAUUUCGCCCUAAAAAUGACUAAUCAGUCGUCUUUAUCAUUCAUUGGUCACUCAAUGGGCGCCACUGCUCACAUCAUGCUCCUGAGUGAUCGUCCAGAGUAUAACAAAAAAAUGGAUUUCGUGGCCUAUUUCGCCCCAGUUGUCUACUCAAUAACUCGGAAUAGUCGGAGGGAUAUCGUGCCUUUCCUAACCCUGAUACCUCAAAUAUUCAGGCCGAAUGGAGACUAUGAAGUAUUCAGCCAGAACUUGCUCAACCCUAUCGUCAUCUACUUCUGCGCCUCCACCAAAUCUCUGCUUGAAUGGUGUCAGAGCCUGGUGGACAUACUCGCAGGAUACGAUCGAGUACAAUUUCAAGUAGCCAAUUUUUUGGGUUUGAUGACUUAUUAUCCAGCGGGGUCAUCAGCCAAAGUUUUUUAUCAGUACAGCCAGCAAACACUGACUGGAACAUUCCGGAAAUUUGAUUACUUGACGAGAGAUCUGAAUCUCCAGCACUACGGCCAGCCCACACCCCCAGAAUACGAUAUGAGUAUCAUCGACGUGCCUGUAAUGGCGAUAUUUACCGGUCCUGGUGAUCCCUCUAUCACGAAUGAGGAUAUCAAAUUUUUUGUCAAACGUAUGUCACCGAAACAACAACAAUCUGUCAUCCACGAAGUCGUGAAAUUUCCUUCGUUCACUCACGGCUCAUUUAUUUUAGCUAAGGACAUCAAGCCACUAGUUAAUGAUCUAGUGGUGGACUAUCUACAAAAAUACUAUCAGAAUAAAACUGAUGGAUUUUAAUUGCUGAGGAUUAUU